UGAAAAUUAACAACAACAACAAGAACAACAAGUUGAAGAAGAACAGCUUCAGCUUCUUCAUCUCAGUUGCCGCCUCGCAAGGGUGUCCCAAAAUGAUGGCGACGCCAGCUGAGACGCCGACUGCGCCGCUGGCGACACUGGAACUGCAAUAUUUUCGAGCCAUCUCGCUCUACCGCCGCCGCAGCUACGAGCGUUGCGCCGAGUUGUGCAACGCACUGCUCCAGGCUGGCCACGAGAACAAUGUCCAAAUAUUUGCCACACCAUCGGGCAGGGAGGAGGAAAUGGACGGUGGACAGCAGCAACAGCAGCAGCAGCACUCGUCGCAGUCGCUGGCGGAUCAUGAGAGUCGAGAGCACAGAUUCGGUAGCAAUUUGCAACGCAUUGGCCCCCGGCGACGACGUGGCGGCGACACCGAUGCUGGGGCAGCAUCAACACUGGCAACUUCAUCCCAUAUAAUGCCCACCUGGCUAAUGGAGGGUGUCUGGCAAUUAAAGAUGCGUGCCCUGACGCAGCGCGUCUAUCUCGACGAUCUCGAGGUGGACGAUGCCGGCGAUGCCGAGUACAAUGAGGAGGUGGAAUUCGAGCGCAUUGCGACAGCUGCUCGUCCAGGCAGCAGCAUCAAGACCGCUUUUCAGCCGCGUCCGAGCACCAGUCAGAGACGUGCCACGGGUCAGGCGUCCCAUUCGAGCGAUGGACGGAUUAACAGCGCCCGGCCCAAUUCGGCCGUGACGCGACCCGGCACCGCUCUCAGUCGUCCGGGUUCGUCGCUGGGCGCACGCCCCGCCUCCCGCUGCGGCACUGCAUCCCGGGUGCGUGCCACAUCAGCGGCUGCCUUCAAUGUGGGCGAUACGAUGGCAACACUCUAUCAGGCCUCCCGUCUCAAUCCCACCAUCUAUGCGGAACGUGAGGCGAUUGUCAAAGCACUGUUUCAGUUCCUUUACUACCACGAGGCAGAUGUGCAGAAGGCGCACUCGCUGUGCCAGGCGGUGCAGCAGCGACCUGGCCAGGAUCAGUCCGACUGGUGGUGGCAACAGCAGCUGGGCAGAUGCCUGCUCGCCUUGCACUAUCCACGGCGUGCCGAGCCGCAUCUACAACAAUCGCUGGCUGCAUUUCCCCAUCCGGAUACGUAUCUGCUGCUCUCUAGACUCUAUCAGCGACUCAAGCAGCCGGAACGAGCACUGCUGCUCAUCGGACAGGCGGUGGAGAGACAACCAUUCGAUGUAACCUUUCGCCUGGAACAGGCGCGCAUUCAUCAGGCCUUGCUGCAGCAGGAGGAUGCACUGCAGCUGUAUCGUCUGGCGGCCAAAUUGCAACCGAUAAAUAUCGAGGCGUUGGCCAGCAUUGCUGUGGGCUACUUCUAUGAUAAUAAUCCGGAGAUGGCGCUGAUGUACUAUCGCCGUAUUCUCUCGCUUGGCGUUCACACAGCGGAGCUCUACUGUAACAUUGCUCUCUGCUGUCUCUAUGGCGGUCAGAUCGAUCUUGUCCUGCCGUGCUUUCAACGUGCCCUUAACAUGGCCCAGCAGCCGGAGCAGAAGGCCGAUGUCUGGUAUAAUCUCAGCUUUGUGGCAGUGACAUCGGGUGACUUCAAUCUGGCCAAACGCUGCCUGCAACUGUGCCUCACCGCCGAUUCUCGGGAUGGAGCUGCUCUCAAUAAUUUGGCUGUGCUAGCGGCACACAGUGGCGAUAUUAUGGGCGCCAAGUCAUAUCUAAAUGCGGCCAAGGAUGUGCUGCCCGAUGCCGGCGAGGUGAACGCCAAUCUUCAAUACAUGGAUCUCAAUUACAAACUAUAGUUUUUAUGCCCUAUUAAUAUUUAUUUAAUAAUAUAUAAUAUAUG